AUGUCCACUGUGGCCGCCAUUACCGAGAUCACUUCCCUCUCCGCGGCGCUGUCCUCAACGGCGAAGAGGCUGCCCCCAGGACUCUCCUUUCUCGCGCCGCGCUGCGUACUGCUCUCCGCCGCGAUCCUGCUACACGACACCUAUAGCUGUCCCGCGGGCCACGACGGGCGACUGCGCUCUCAAGAGGAGACGGCGCAGCAGAUCCACUCCGUGGAGGCGCUGACGAAUGCCAGCAAGGACGUUGCAGCGCUGGCCGAGGAGUUGCUGCUCUUCAUCCUUUCCAUGGAGAAGGAUGGUUCCGGCGGCGGCGACAGCGUGAGCGAUGUAAGCCCGCUCAUCCUGGACUCGCUGUACGGCGCAGCAAACACCCUCGCGUGGCUCGUCAGGGAAGAAGGAUUGGCGCAGUACGAAGAUGGGGCGAACUCCAUCAAGCGCUGCCUGGAGAGGCUGGGCGUGCGGUGGGGGUUGGCGGGGGAGUAUGGGCGGAUGCUGGAACAGCAAGAUUUUGCGUACAUGAUGCAGAACAAGGGACUACUUACGCUGCGCGCCUUUUGA